AUGACCACGUUGGCACUGCCCUUCUGCCUCGCCAGCCCCACAACGGCCGCCACCGACGACCCCCUCAAGCCCCGCUCGCAUCCACCCCAUCAGGUCGCCUGGCAACUCUCCGCCGACCAACCUCCUCUCCUCGACCCACUCCAGGACCCCGCCCCCGCCCCCGCCCCCGCAUCCGUCAACCUCAUCGACCUCCUCACCUCCUCAAACGACCACUCCAUCCUUCUCCGCCUCCUCCAGCGCACACGCCUCAUCCCCACGCUCAACCGCCUCCAGCAGCUCGACGACGGCGCAGGCAUCACCAUCCUCGCCCCAACAGACGAAGCCUUUCUCCGAAAGCGCGACCAGCAGCACACCGACAGGCUCAACUCGGCAAACCAGCGCACACACGCAAAGGGAAUAUGGGAGUGGCUCCUACUCCACCACUACGACGACCAAGACGACGACAUCCUCGCCCUCGACGACUCGGCCGACGUCCAGUGGAUCUGGAAAAACGACGACGUCAGCGUGCGCGACAAUGUGAACGCCGUCGCACGCCAGCACCUCCUCUACCACGUCCUCAACUACACACUCCCUUACCACCUCCUCGACAACCGGACCGGCCCGCAUCACCCCGACUCUCCUCUGCCCGCCGCCGGGAAGCCAGAGAUCCACGAGACCAUGCACUUUCCCUCUCGCCGCCUCCUCCGCGAACCCACCCACCCGGGUCGCAUCCCCCUCCCCGACCAGGAGGACCACGGCGGCCUCAUCGGCGAUGAGGGUCAAAAGAUCCGCGUCGCCACCAUCGAGAUCGACCCGCAGGAGCAGGGUGGUCUUUGCGGUCAAAGCAGGGCGACGAGCACCAAGAAGCCCAAGCCAGGCAAGCCAACCAGGGCGCUCGUGUUUGGCACCGACCACCAGGGCCGCGGAGGCGCCCGCUCCAUCUUUGAGAACUGGGACUCGCCCUACGGCGUCAUCCACUCGAUCGACGGCGUACUCGACCUGCCGCCCUCGCUCCAAGACGUCCUCGAGACGCACCCCGCGCUCGAAAAGCUGCGCACCCUCCUCACCCCGGACCUCGUCAAGACCCUCUCGACCACCGCCCACCUCAGCCUCUUUCUCCCCACCUCCGAGGCCUUUGGCCGCCUCUCGGACAUCGAGUGGCGCUUUCUCAGCGGCAAGUGGCAGCAGUCGUUCCAGGACCGCCUCAAGAUCAUGGGAUGGCACAUGAGCGGUGUCGGCGUCGGCGGGGGCCGCCCCGCGUACGCCCAUCGCCUGCGCGAGCAGGGCGACUCGAAGAUCACGACGGUGCUGGGAGGUCAGGUCUCGGUCGAGGUCAAGGACGGUGCGCACAUUUACGUCGAUGGCGGCAAGCUGGUCGAGGAGGACAUCUUCACCGAGAACGGCGUGGUCCACCUGAUCGACGACAUGAUCCUGCCUUUCGGCGACCUUGGCAUGACGGUCGAAGAGUACUUGCUGGCCCUCAACUCCACCAAGUUCGUGCAGCUCUUCCACGACGCCGGCCUAGAGGACUACAUUCAGCGACCGCCGCGGUCGAAGCGGGGCAAGGAGACCUUCACCUUCCUCGCCCCGCGCGACGACGUCAUCGACGACUGGAUGCGCAACCACCGCGUGAGAUGGCCAGCCGCCGACGCGUCCCUGGACGACGACAAGACGCCCUCGCUCCAAGAGGUGGUCAAGUACCACAUCCUGCCCGGCCUGGUCCGGCCGCAGGAUCUCGUCGACGGCUCGCUGCUGGGCACCGAGCUGCGUGACUGGAAGCUGCGCGAGGGCCGACAGCGCAUCCCCGUCCAGGUCGACGACGGCGCCGCCCCCAGCCGGCAGGGCAACGGCGAUGUCGGUUUCGGCGAUGCCAACGUCCUGCGCGAGCCGGUCGAGGUCCCCGGCAGCGCCGUCAUCUACAUCAUCUCGCAGCUGCUCGAGCCGCCGAGCAACCCGAUCCAGACGGCCGUGUCGCACCUGACGCUCUCGACGUUUGUCGCCACCGUCUUUAGCGCCGAGCUCAAAAAGGCGGUGCAGCGGGCGCCCGGCAUCACGUACCUGAUCCCGACCAACGAGGCCUUUAGCGGGCUGGCGCUGGCCAUGAACUACUUGCUGCUGCCCGAGUCGCAGCCGCAGCUGCAGCGCCUGAUCGAGUUCCACGCCAUCGACAAGAUCGUCUACAUGGACGACUUCCAGCGCAAUGCGACCGAGUACCCGACGCUGCUGCCGGCGCCCGAAGCCAAGGUGGUCGCCGAGAGGCUCAAGAAUGGCACUGUGCUUGUCUCCCGCGCCGGCGACGACGACGCGGCCAUGCCACCGGCGAGGGUCAUCAAGGGCGACAUCCUCACCAACACGGGCGUCAUCCACGAGAUCGACCGCGUCCAGAUGCCGCUGGAUCUGACGAUUAAAAACCUGAUGCAGGGCGCAAAGGCCGACACGAUGGAGGACCUCAUCCAGCAGGCGGGCUACGGCUGGAUCCUCAACGGCAGCUCUCCCGUCAACGGCAGCCGCGGCGCCGACCGGAGCUACGUUGUCCUGGUGCCGACGGACAAUGCGUUUACGCGCGUCAAUCUGUCGCGCAUCCUCGAGGACCCCGUGUCGCUGCGGAGGCUGGUGCAGCAGCACAUUAUCCCGCUCGACGCCGGCAGCGGCGGCGUGACGGUCGACGACAUUCUGCCAGACGGACGCCGCAACCGGCUGACGAUCAGCGAGAGCCAGGCGUUCCCCACUAUGCUCGACGUGUCGGCCGGUGGCGAGAGCCGGUACGGUCAGCUGUCGUUCCGCCGCAUCGACGACGACGUCGGGGGCAGCUUUGGCGCCGAUGCAGGUGCAGUCGUCAGGCUCGGGCGUACCUCGUGGGCGAUCAAGGGCACGCGCGGCUCGGACGGCUCGGCGCGCGGCCACUCGGCGUACGUGGUCAAGUUUGGUCGCGAGUCGCGAGCCGUGCCCGGCGUCAGCGACGGCGGUGGUGGCAUUGGCGGUGGCGGUGGCGGUGGCGAGGGGCUUAGGAGGGGGAUAGGCGGUGUGAUGCUGAUCGACACCGUCAUUAUGCCCUACCGCCCGGGCUGGUUCUACCGGUGGGGGUGGGUGGUGGUGUGCAGCGUCGUGGCCGCGUUUGCCAUGAGCCUGGCCACGCUCUACGCCUACCGGUGGUGGAAGCGCGACGGCAAGAUCCGCCUGCCUGAUGCUCUGGAAGGCGAAGAAGAGUAA